AUGCCACUGCGAGCAGGCACCCUCCUUGCAUGGGUCGUGAUCCUCUGCGCAGCACUUGUCGCUGCAGAUGUGGAUCCUGUGAUGAUCAAAGGCUCACAUUUCUUCUACCAUACGAAUGGCUCUGAAUUCUUCAUCCGAGGCGUCACAUAUCAACCGCCAUCGAACUCGAAUAAUACACAAGUGGAUCCGUUGGCAAAUUUAGACUGUAUGCGCGAUAUCGUGUUCCUCAGCCAACUCAAUACCAAUGUCAUUCGGGUCUCCUACAUCGAUCCAACGCAAGAUCAUACAGCCUGUAUGAGCGCACUGCAAAAUGCUGGCAUAUAUGUUUUUGUUGACCUACCCACAAACCUCACCAUCAACAGCACAAACCCUCAAUGGAACUUGGACAUAUACAAUUCCUGGACACAGAAGAUAGACGCAGUAGCCGGGUUCAACAAUUUACUGGGAUUCUUUGUUGGGAACAAUAUUAUCACGAACAGCGGUAACUCGCCUGCUGCUGCGUUUGUGAAAGCUGCAGUCCGGGACCUCAAGUCAUACAUCAACAGUAAAUAUAAUCGCGACAUACCGGUUGGGUACGAGGUGAAUGCUGCUGCCAAUUACGAUAUCGUGUCGUCGUAUAUGACGUGCGGCAGCAAUACUUCAGCAGCAAUAGACUUUCUUGGUAUAUCAGACUUUAAUUUGUGUUCCAACAAUACCAGCCAGGGUUUCGACUUGAUUUCCGCGGAGUACGGCAUCUAUCCUGUCCCCGUGUUUUUUGCGGACUAUGGAUGUAGGGAUUCGCCUGGCAGUGCAAGGAUGUUCGCUGAAGUGCAAAACAUCUACGGCAAUCCUAUGACGAACAUCAUUAGUGGAGGCAUCGUGUUUGAAUACUUCCAGGACGACGAACUCAAUGGACUUGUCUCCAUAUCGGGAACCCACGUCAACCCCUUGGCAGACUUCACCUCGUACUCGUCCCAAAUUGCUAAAAUCACCCCUUCUCCUACUUUAGUUUCCAACUAUGUGGUGUCAAAUACUUUCACGCCGAGCUGUUCAACAGGGGCUGCUUUCUCUGCUUCUCCAACCUUACCACCAGUCGUUAACCAAAAUAUAUGUGCCUGCAUGGUGGGUUCUCUAGAUUGUAUAGCCAAACCAGGACUAGAAGCCGCAGUGGUAGAAUUCAGGUACCGAAGUAUCUGUGGGUCAACAUCAGAAAAUUGCCCUGCGUUGCAUGGAAACGGAAGUAAUGGCACAUACGGCGCAUUCAGCAUAUGUACAAUUAACGAUCGACUCUCCUGGGCUCUGAAUCAGCUUUACCAAUACAGUACAGCGGAUUGCUACAGUGACGCAGAUGCUGCUAUAGCUCACACUAAUUACUAUUCCAGCGGCGGGGAUUGCGCCGAAGCCUUGUAUGAAGCGGGCCCGUCUGGCACAGGAACCAUAAGUACGUUUCCAACAUCGACCGGUUCAAGCUAUCCUGAAUAUACGAAUAUUGGUGCCGGGGUGCCAUCACCAGUUCUCAGCAACGGCGCAAUAGCCGGCAUUGUGGUAGGAUCCAUCGUCAUUUUUACUGCAUUUGUUCUCGGAUGUGUACGGAUCUGCUGUUGGAGGGGAAAACGGCGAGGCUGUGCUUGCUGUAUACGAAGACGAGGCAUCAAGUUCCAAGAAGAUGCGACGAAGGACGAGAACCAAUACCACCCAGAUUCUCGACAUUCAAAAUCUCCAGACCAACCCGGUGGUCUAAGAGGAGGCGGAUCUUCGAUCAUCUCGGAUGAUUCGCGAGGGAUGGUGGAAUUGCAGCCUUGGGACGAGAGAUAUCUACCACCAAGGAGUAACAGCGAGUUCCAAAGCACCAGUAGCAGAUCCGAGAUUCCAGCGCACGGGUUGGCCAGUGAGGGGAGUGCGUAUGUUUCUCAUCAACGACAUCACAGCUCGACAUCGCAGCAUUCAGGACCCGAGUUGGUAAGCUCACUUGCCGCGCCAUCACCGAUGGACUCGGUGAAGGAGUUACCGGCAUUUCGUGCACAUGACCAGCCGGAGGACAAGUCGUUGGGGAGUAUGAAGUUGCUGUCGCCGGUAGUGAAGGUAUUGCCUGUACCAAAUGCUGAUAAUUGA